AAACAAGCGCUGCUUUGGGAGGAAGAAAAAGAGGGUUCCUCGCAGACGCAGUUGUAUCGUACCACAGUCCACAGGUUGGAAGAAGAAGAAAAGGAGGAUAUAAUUCGACGGGAAAUAGAGAGCUUGGUGUUCGUGCUUGCGGAGUUCUCGGCGAUUGAUUGAUUGAUUGGCUCGUGUUUUUCCGGUGGCGGGGCGGGUGGAUGGGGCAGGCGUUCCGGAAGCUGUUCGAUGCCUUCUUCGGCACCAGCGAGAUGAGGGUCGUGAUGCUUGGGCUGGAUGCCGCGGGCAAGACCACCAUACUGUACAAGCUGCACAUCGGGGAGGUCCUGUCGACUGUUCCUACGAUUGGGUUCAAUGUUGAGAAAGUACAGUAUAAGAACGUGAUGUUUACAGUAUGGGAUGUUGGUGGCCAAGAGAAGUUGAGGCCUUUGUGGAGGCAUUACUUCAAUAAUACGGAUGGCUUGAUCUAUGUAGUUGAUUCAUUGGAUAGAGAGAGAAUCGGAAAAGCGAAAGCAGAGUUUCAGGCAAUUGUUAAUGAUCCUUUGAUGCUAAACAGUGUAAUAUUGGUAUUUGCCAAUAAGCAAGACAUGAAAGGAGCAAUGGCGCCAAUGGAGGUGUGUGAAGGCCUUGGUCUCUAUGAUUUAAAGAACCGGAUCUGGCAUAUCCAAGGCUCCUGUGCCCUCAAAGGUGAUGGUCUUUAUGAGGGCUUGGACUGGCUGGCAAGUACUCUGAAGGAUUUGGAAGCUUCAGGUCGCCUCCCCUCAGGAGGAGGGACCUCAUUGUUCUAAGUAGCAGGUCUGCCUGUGAGAUUCUUCUGUUGACACCGACAAUCUUGCAGCAAAGAUGAUCACGGGAAAAAAAAAUCUUGAUGUGAAAGGCCUCAUAUAGUCCCACGUAACAUUAUGGCUCAGGCGAUAUGCUUCGUGGUAUUGAUUUUACUGAAUGCAAAUGAUGCAUGGCCUGACUACUUGAAAUACUGCCACUGCAAUUUUGUCAUGGGUAGUAGUGUAGUACCCAUCGAAUCUUGUGAAUUUUGUGAAACACAUGUUACCGUAGAAAGUUUCUGUAAAGUUAUUAUGCUGGCAAAUGCAAUAUGUAAUUCUGAAUCAAAACAAUAUGAUCGUUUGAUCCGCAUUA